AUGGCCGAGGUGACUCCUCAGAAAAGGGUUCUACCUGCCCGCGACAGACGAGAUCCUGCAUCGAAACGAAGAGCGUCCUCACCCGCGCAACCUGCUGUACCUGCGUCCACAUCCACAUCCACUCCCGCUGCGCGCAAGCAAACCUCCGCUGUCUCCUCAGAACCUCGCCAGAAGCGCCCUUACAAGAAACGGGUCAGUGUGGUCAGAGUUCAAACUCCAAUCUCGCUCUCGCGCUCUUCCCCGUCGAUAUCUGUUGGCGAAGAUGUCUUGCCCACCCGGAUUGUUGCCAACCAGCCGCUACCCACGACCAAACAGAAACAACCUUCCGACCUGUCUGUGCAGGAAUAUCAGUCCAUUGCCGAGAGUGCGAUCCUUGCCGCAUCUCUACACCGCUCUCGUAUGCAGUGGCUAUAUCAUGGCAUCUUCGAAAAGUACUGGGUCAAACCCGUCAAGAGAAAGGGUGUUAUCGAGGCUCCUCCCAACAACCCUGAUGCAAAAUCAAUGCAAAGGCUGGGUGCUGCGACUUUGACAAUCGAGCCCCAUACCUUUGAUGUAAUUUUCUACACGGUUCGCGAUCCAACAGCUCCUUCAUCGUACCAACGCCAUGCAAAUCAACAUAGCGUGAAGCACAUGGCUGCUCCGCCGCCACCUCCUCCCGCAUACACUGUUUAUCCGCCUGCUGGCCCGUACCAUCUUGCUCAACCGUUGCAACCGCCUCCAUCUGCAAUACCAUCACCGUCGGCAUCAGCUACACCCCGGGCUUCCCACCCUCCGGCACCUAUUAGAGAUGCGCCCCCCUCAACAGCUCCUUCCCCCGCUCAAAUCGGACCUCCUCCGAACCAGAUCAAAUCCGAAAAAGAUUCAGGACCCAGUCCUGCUACGUUUCCUUCCAAGAGUCCUCCGAUGCAGCCCUCACAUGAACAGCCUCAGACGCCGCGUCCGGAGUCGAGGCCCAACCCACCUCCAGGCCCGAGGGGAAGCACAACAGAUCCAGUCAUCCAAAUGUUGGCCGCACGAGCGGCGUCUGAUCCUCAGUUGAAGGAGUUGAUGAAAAUUGUGGCAACUUCAAGGGCAUCACCUGAGCAGUUAAAAGAGUUCCAAGCUCAUAUCGACGAAUUCAACGAGGUGAUCCGCCGACAGGAAGCAGAACGGGUUGCGAAAAGCGAAUCACGGCCACCAAGCCAGCAGCCACCGUCAACGCGAACGGUUGUGGAAACCUCGACACAGUCGCCCCUCGAGUCUAAACCUCCUGUCGCGAGUCCUGUCCCUCCAGGACCGCCGUCAAAUCCGUCCCCUGUUGCAGCCUCUGGGCGAUCAUCGACGUUCGAUCCUUCACAACCACAGCCACGUCAGCAUCCAAGCCCUGCUCCCCCUGGUCCUCCUCCUGCAGGUCCACCAGUCGGACCAGGGGUAUUACCAGGAGUGAUGCACACGUUCCCACAUCCGCCUCCACCAAAUGGGCGUGGAGGUCCAAUGGGAAGUUACAUUGGGUAUCAUCCUCAACCCCCGCCGCCGCCCCCAGCUCGACCAGAGCCCUUCAUCAAGCACAUUGUGAUGGAAAUUACAAGCGUACCGUCUGGUAACCAGGCUGCCUGUCCGGAUAGAUGGCUCUUUCCCGAACAUGCGGUGUUGGAAAUCCGCCCAGGAGGAUUGGAGAUGCUUUGCUCGUUCUUGGUUGAACGCAAGGGGUCGCAGAUGAUGGCUGGGAGCGAGCCUGCAGGGGAAAAUGGCGAAAUGGACGGCAAAUGGCAAGCAGAGCAAGAGUAUUAUCAGCCAGUGACGAUGAGCAUCAAGGCCCUGAAUCACCGGACGAUUGAGACGAUCGCCAAAGCAGCAAAGAUACUGCCGGUGGUGCAGGAACACAUGAAGGCAGUGAUGAGCAAAAAGCAACGGGCCCCGGUGGAAUAUCUGGUGCACCAGCUACCACGCGAAAGGAGCCAUGUGGGUGUAGAGGGCGCCGAGACUGGGUUUGUGGACAGCGGCGUGGAGCUUGGCAGUGAUUCAGCAUCCGAAGACGACGAAUUGAAGGAUGUGUACGGAAUAUGA